AAAUGGGCUGUGGCCCAUCGAGCGACUUUUAGUUCAGGCGGUGGUAUCGGAGUUCCCCACCUCAAAACCCUAGCUAGGCCGCCUCGUCGCCUUCCCCCCUACGCAUCCCCGACCAGCACCGGCACCGGCGGCGGCGGCGGCUACCCCCCUUCAAUGGCGACUGUGCCAGUUAACCCGAAGCCUUUCUUGAACAACCUGACAGGGAAGCCUGUCAUUGUCAAACUUAAGUGGGGUAUGGAAUACAAAGGAUAUCUUGUUUCUGUCGACUCUUAUAUGAAUCUGCAGCUGGCUAAUACAGAGGAGUAUAUUGAUGGGCAAUUCUCUGGAAACUUGGGUGAGAUACUGAUAAGGUGCAACAACGUUUUGUAUCUCCGAGGCGUUCCAGAGGAUACCGAGAUAGAGGAUGCGGAAUGAGAUAGCCCGGGCCAUGUCCAGAUUGAUUAUUGUAAUAUGCUGCUGACAUGAACAAUUAAGUGUCAUGUACAACUGAUGCAGAUUGACCUGGAUCUUUAACUAUGCCAUGAUAUGGUAAUGUUAUGCGUUGAAACUGUCGUUGCUCGGAAUGUGUGAGAUCAUAUUUCGUAAGAAAAUACCAUUUGCCUGUCAUGAUUAGCCAAA